ACGGAGGGGGAACGACAUCACUUAUCCACAACACAUCCAUUCACUUCAGGGGAAACAACUUGCUGGGUGAAGUUAGAGGGAUCUGCUCUGUUCAUCGGGAGAACAUCACUUCUUUUUGGCCGAUCGUUUUUGCAGAUAUUUGUUUGGAGGCGCUUCUUGUUUUUUUCUUUUUUUUUAAGAACUUGUUUUUGACUGCUUAGAUUGACAAUGAGGUGUUUUAUAUUUGCGUUGGGUGCGAUGCUCUCUCUGUGUCACGUUGGAAGAAAUCCAGUUGGUGCGGGGAUGUGCUGGCUGCAGCAGGGUCCCGACCACCGGUGUGACAUGGUGCUGAUGAGAGAGGUGAGCAGGGAGGAAUGCUGCAGCGGCGGGCGUCUGGACACGGCGUGGUCCAACACCAGCCUGCCCCUGAAUGAAGUCAGCCUGCUGGGCUUCCUGGGUAUCGUCUCAUGCAAACCAUGCAAAGACUCGUGCGAGGGAGUCAAAUGCAGCCCCGGGAAGGUUUGCAAGAUGAAAAUGGGAAGGCCCCAGUGUGUGUGCUCUCCUGACUGCUCUCACAUUCCCAGGAAACACGCCGUGUGCGGCAGCGAUGGCAAGUCUUACAGGGAUGAGUGUGCCCUGCUGAUGGCCCGCUGCAUGGGACACCCAGACCUGGAAGUCAUGUACCAGGGAGAGUGCAAAAAGUCAUGUUCCAAUGUUGUGUGCCCGGGAACCCACACCUGUGUGACUGACCAGACCAACAGCGCUCACUGCGUCAUGUGCCGCACCAAUCCGUGCCCUGCACCAGUGACAUCCGAGCAACAGAUCUGUGGCAAUGACAACAUCACCUAUCAGAGCGCCUGCCACCUCCGCAGGACCACCUGCUUCCACGGCCGUUCCAUAGGAGUCCGUCACUAUGGCCACUGCAACAGUCCACCUCGGAACUCUCACAAAUCCAGAGGCAGUGAGGAAAACGCUGUGUAGAGGGUUCCUCGGGCAGGAUAUGAGCGGAUCGAGCGAGAUUUCGCACCACUAGCUUCCCAUAUGACCUCUUUACUUUGACAAUCACAUCCCCUCUCCUCGCUGUGCACAGAAGGAUGACAUAUUCGAUACAAAAGCCAACUGUAGGAAGCCACACAUUGUCUUAUCCAUGUUUUUUUAGGAUGCAGACACAUGUGUAUCUUGGUAUGGAGUUCUUUGGGUGACGUGUGCAUAUUGUAUAUAGAGUACCAAUACUAUUUAUUGUAGGAGGGUUAUAUAAAACUCUAUUUAUGAUUAUACAUAUUUACAUUAGGGGCCACAAGCUUUUGGUAUUCACAACUUCUUUAUUUGGUUUUACAGUCCCCAUUCCACACAAACCAUUUCCCCGCAUGGUUGUAAAAGACAGUGCCAGUAUGUUCAGAGAAGUGAUACCACUUAAUGGUCUGCCAGUGUGGUUUCAGUUCACCACAAACAACACAUCUGCAGUUCAGUUCUAUAUAAUUCAGAUUCCGUUUGUGUGCAGAAGAAGGGAUGCAGUCUUAACCAACCUGCGUAGUCAUGCCCCAACACCCCUCCUCCUACAUAUUGCUGUUUUUACUCUGGAUCCAGGUCCAAGCUACUGGCCACCCUCUGCUUAGUAAAAUUACGAGCUUGUUAAUUGUUUUAUUUUUAUUUUUUGUUGGAGUCUCAGAGGACUGUUUGGUACAAACCCAAACCCUGUACAAUACCUGCUCUGUGUAAUGCUUGGCUGUGUUUGCGAGUACAUUUUUGGAGGUCAUGCAAGUUUGCUCAGAUGCUGAUGCAGAUGUUUUACCACUUUGAUUUGAUUGGAUUUUCUUUUUUUGUGUGCGUCUACCCGACAGAAAAAUGCCCCAUCUGACUUGAAGGAAAAUUAAAUUUGUCUGAGAAUGCCCUACAAAUUGGGCCGAUUCAGCAGAGCUUAUUAUAGCGUCUUCAGCUGCUGUUUACUCUGCUAAACCUUCCCAAACCCACACGAACCUUCUAAUGGUCCAGUUAAAUCUUCCAAACUCAAAGCAGAUGCCUGAAUGCUUUAAACAGUCCUUGUUGGAUAUUAUGACACAUUUUACUGAUUCUUCUGUAAAUAUACGCCUCUUCUGUGCCUACCUGUUUACCUACUGUGAAAUCUGAAUGAUGACUGCAACAACAUAUUUUUGUAUUUUUGUACUGACAUUUAAAAAAAUAUAAAGUUUUUGAUUGAUCAA